AUGAAAAGGAAAAGAACUUCCUCUCUCAAAUCUUCACAACGAAUGGUUUCAGAUUCAACAUCAACGGCACCGACAACAACGACAAUUUCAUAUUUACCUGAUGAGUGUUGGGAAACUAUUUUCAACUUCAUCAUCACUGGCGACGACAACAACCAUAGCUACUUCUACCCUCUCAAUCCUUCACAACAAAUCAAAAGGAAGAGAACUUCUCUUAUCAAAUCUUCACAAAAAAUUUCUUCAUCUACAUAUUCACAUAUACCCAACUAUGACCACAACAGUCGCAACAACCACUACUUGAAUUCUUUAUCUCUCGUCUCCAAACAGUUCCUCUCCAUCACCAGCCGUCUCCGAUUCUCAUACACUUUCUACGAUGCAUCGCGGACUUUUCUAUGUCGCAUAUUCGAAAGAUUCACUAACCUUAACUCCCUCAACCUCUCGAACUACCAUUGUGACCUUGACAAGUUUCUGCGGGAAAUCUCUACUUUCCCAUCAUUGAACAUCACAUCCCUUAAUAUCUCCGACCAAUGCAACUUUCCCGCCUAUGGUUUGCGAGCAUUUGCCCAAAACAUUACAAUUUUGACCUCUCUCAAUUGUUCCAAUACUUUUCUUGGUAAGGGCGGCCUGUUACUCAUUGCCAAUUGUUUCCCUUUGCUCAAAGAACUCAACCUCGGUCACAAUGACACUAGCUACAUUAAUGAAUUUCACUAUUUGUUGUCCAAGUGUCGAUGUAUACAACAUUUAGAUCUUAAUGGUAUUUAUUUUCUGAAUGAUCUACAUGUUGCUGAGUUGUCAUUACUUCUUGGUGAUUUGGUGUCUAUAAACCUUAGUGAAUGUCGGAUGCUCACAGAAUCAGCCUUGUUUUCACUCGUUAGAAACUGUCCAUCACUUCGUGAAAUCAAAAUGGAACGCACAAAUGUUGGGAUAGGGAGUGUAGAGAAUUUCAAUUUCUUGACGGAUUUUCCUCCAAGCCCUCAAUUGAAGUCUCUUUGUUUAGCUCUCUGUCAACAGUUGAGAGAUGCAAACAUCAUAUUGUUUGCUACCAUUUUCCCAAAUUUGCAGAUGCUCGAUUUGAAUUCUUGCAAUGGUAUAUCUGAAGGUAUUUGUUACGUUUUAAGGAAAUGUUGUAAGAUCAGGCAUUUGAACAUAGCCGAUUGUACAAGAGUGAAGCUACUAGGAAUGAACUUUGUAGUUCCGAAGCUAGAGGUGUUGAACAUGUCAAAUACAAGGGUUAAUGACGAAACACUAUAUGUGAUCUCAAAGAAUUGUUCUGGACUUUUGCAACUAUUACUUGAACUUUGUAAUGAUGUUACCGAGGAGGGAGUGAAACAUGUGGUAGAAAACUGCACGCAACUGAAAGAGAUUUAUUUAGGGGAUUUUCAUAUAAGUGACAAAAAUAGGGAACUCUUCUCGCGUCACGGAUGCCUUAUCUGUUAG